CCAGAAGAAGGAGGCGAAGGCUCUGCUUUCUGCGGUAGCUAGCUAGUUGUUCAUGAUGAUGGAAGAGGAAGAAUUGGAAUUUGCGGAGGAUUUGGAGGCGAUUUUGCACCUUACUCCUGAGGUGCAGUUGGCCAUCGAGCAGGUUUUCCCCAGUCAAGACCCAUUGGACAGAGCAGAUUUUAAUGCUGUGGAAUACAUCAAUACAUUGUUUCCUACUGAGCAGUCACUGGCUAAUAUAGAUGAUGUGGUCAACAAGAUCCGUCUGAAGAUUCGGUGUCUGGAUGACAACAUCAGGACGGUGGUGAGAGGCCAGACCAAUGUGGGCCAGGAUGGCAGACAGGCACUGGAGGAGGCUCAGGUAGCCAUCGGCCAGCUCUUUGGUAAAAUCAAAGACAUAAAGGACAAGGCUGAGAAAUCUGAGCAAAUGGUCAAGGAGAUAACGCGGGACAUCAAACAGCUGGACCAUGCUAAGCGUCACCUGACCACCUCCAUCACCACCCUCAACCACCUGCACAUGCUGGCCGGGGGUGUGGACUCUCUAGAGGCAAUGACGAGGAAGAGGCAGUAUGGAGAGGUGGCUAACCUGCUACAGGGUGUAGUCAACGUCCUGGAGCACUUCCACAAAUACAUGGGAAUCCCUCAAAUCAGACAGCUCUCAGAGAGGGUAAAAGUGGCCCAAAGCGAGCUGGGGACUCAGAUCCUGGCAGACUUUGAAGAGGCCUUCCCCGCUCAGGGGUCAAAGAGAGCAGGGGGACCCAGUAAUGUUCUGAGGGAUGCCUGUCUUGUGGCCAAUGUCUUGGACCCCCGCAUCAAACAGGAGAUCAUCAAGAAGUUCAUCAGACAGCACCUCUCUGAGUACAUGGUGCUCUUCCAGGAGAAUCAGGAUGUAGCUUGGCUGGAUAAGAUUGACCGGCGCUACGCCUGGAUUAAGCGUCAGCUGGUGGACUAUGAGGAGAAGUACGGACGCAUGUUCCCUGAAGAGUGGUGUAUGACUGAACGCAUCGCUGUGGAGUUCUGCCACAUCACCAGGACAGAGCUGGCCAAAGUGAUGCGGACGCGGGCCAAAGAGAUCGAGGUCAAGCUGCUUCUUUUUGCCAUUCAGAGGACCACCAACUUCGAGGGGCUGCUCGCCAAGCGCUUCUCUGGGUGCACACUCACCGACGGGCCCGGGGUGAAGAAGCCGGAGACACCACUGGAGUCCACCAACCCUUUCCUGGAGGACGAGAUUGGAGAGGAUGGGUCAGAGAUGGAGGAGGAUCUGGAUAGGCCCAAGAAGCACAAGGCUCCUGACAACCCCUUCCAUGGCAUUAUUUCCAAGUGCUUCGAGUCUCACCUCUAUGUCUACAUCGAGUCUCAGGACAAGAACCUGGGGGAGAUGAUUGACCGUUUCGUGUCAGACUUCCGGGCACAGGGCCCCCCCAAGGCGGGCACGGAGGACGGUGGAGCGGUGCUGCCCAGCUGUGCUGACCUGUUUGUCUACUAUAAGAAGUGCAUGGUGCAGUGCUCUCAGCUCAGCACAGGGGAACCUAUGAUCGCCUUCACCACCAUCUUCCAGAAGUACCUCAGAGAGUAUGCCUGGAAGAUACUGUCUGGAAACCUGCCCAAGACUAGCAGUAACAGUGGAGGACUGACCAUCAAGAGUCUACUGCAGGAGAAGGAGGGUUCGGAGGCUGCUAAGUUCACUGUAGAGGAGCUGUGCCUCAUCUGUAGCAUUCUCAGUACUGCAGAGUACUGUCUGGCCACAACACAGCAGUUGGAGGAGAAGCUGAAGGAGAAGGUGGAUAAGAACCUGGUGGAGAGAAUCAACCUGACAGGAGAGAUGGACACCUUCAGCAAUGUGAUCUCCAACAGUAUCCAGUUGCUUGUUCAGGACCUGGACGCUGCCUGUGACCCUGCUCUCACUGCCAUGAGCAAGAUGCCAUGGCAGAGCGUAGAGCAUGUAGGUGACCAGAGUCCCUAUGUGACGUCAGUCAUCAUGCACAUCAAACAGAACGUCCCCAUCAUCAGAGAUAACCUGGCCUCCACACGAAAAUACUUCACCCAGUUCUGCAUCAAGUUCACCAACUCUUUCAUUCCUAAAUUCAUCAACCACUUGUUCAGGUGUAAGACUAUCAGCAUGGUGGGGGCUGAACAGCUCCUCCUGGACACCCACUCCCUGAAGACAGUGUUGUUGGAUCUGCCCUCUAUAGGCUCUCAGGUGGUCCGCAAGGCCCCAGCCAGCUACACCAAGAUAGUCGUGAAGGGGAUGACCCGCGCUGAGAUGAUCCUCAAGGUGGUCAUGGCCCCCCAUGAACCCUCUGUGGUGUUUGUGGAUAACUACAUCAAGCUCCUUGCUGACGGGAACCCAGAGACCUUCCAGAAAACUCUGGAUAUGAAGGGGUUGAAGCGCAGUGAGCAAAGCAGCAUGUUGGAGCUCUUCAGACAGAGGUUACCCACUCCACCCUCAGGGACCGAUGGAGGCCCCUCUCUCUCCUUUAGCACCCCCACCCCCGAGCAGGAGAACUCGCGCAUACGCAAACUGGAGAAGCUCAUCAAGAAGAGACUCUGAGUGGACACACACACUUGCACUCACACAUCACCAUACCACACACAAAUUAUUCCAGUAAUUAAUCUUGAAUACUUGUUCCUGCUCUGUUUAAUCAUAACAGAGAAUUGCAGGCAGAGUAAAGACAUGAUUGUUUCAUUUUUGUUAGGAGCAUUAAUAUGAACCUCAUGAUUUCAAAGUAAACUGUCGGAUUAUGAAGACAUGUCCUCAGCUGCAGAGCUGUUCGCACUUAUGACUCAUUUACUUCUGUAUUUCUUUUCUGCUUCUCUUUUUAUGACACUAAAUAACCAAGCUUUGUAAAUGUCGUUAAAUGUGGACUAUAUCAUACACACACUAUGCAUUUUAGCAAAAUGUGUUUGCACUUAAGACAGAAUCAAGAGCUACUAAUUAAAAAUGGCUUUAGGAGCAAUUUGUUGCCGCUUUGGCACCUAUCCUCCCAGUCCCAGACUGAGAACAAGGAACUUCAAUGUGUUUGAAGCUAACAUUUUCAGAAUGUUCUCCUAAUGUUUUCAGAAUGUUCUCCUAGUGUUUUCAGAAUGUCAUUGUUCUCCACCUCUCCAGUCUGUUGUAUUUUAUUGUUUCUCUUAGUUCCCUGUUCAAGUGGAGGAUGCAGUUAUUUAGGAGUUUGUAUGUUUCUAGUUUCCCUUCACAACGGGAACAGUCUCUGGGUGGAUGGACCGCAUCUCACCAUGCAUUGCUGUCUCCAGGUUCUUAAGGCCCCAGGUCUGGGACAGAGGGGAUCUUGGGAUGUCAUGUCUCCUCAAUUAGACAGGAGACAGUCUCUGUCAGUACGUUAUAAAAAGGAACUCAUGUGUUCAAUGUUGUGGAUAUAUUGUACAAAAUUAUAUUGUCUAAACAUUUUUUAUUUUAUUUUAUGUUAUUCCAGGCCACUGUGUUUGACACUGACAGUCCUAGAUUGCCUGUCAAUCAUAAUGAAAACUUGCCAGAAGAUAUGACCCUACUGUUACGCUUGUUUACACUGUGCUGCACUGGGGUUGGAAUGCAAUCAUGGUUACAUCAAGACACCGUGGAGCUGGCGCAAGAUAUGGGUUGGAAAACGUACCUCAAUGCAGGGAUGGGAUAUGCCACUGUACACCUCAGACAUUUUGGAAUGGCAGUACCAGCCAAUUAGCUCCUUUGUUGUUCAAGUGACUGCACUGGCUACUGUUAUCUAGCAUGAGGACAAAAAUAGAUUUUUUCUGGGAAAACUAUUUGCAUUUCAAUCUUUUCGAUGGAUCAGUGCAACUAAAGGUACAAUUUGGAGUACAGUGGCAUAUCCCAUCCCUGCAUUGAGGUAUGUUUUCCGACCCAUAUCUCGUGCCGGCUCCACGGUGUCUUAAUGAAACCAUGAUUGUGUUCAGACCCCAGUGCAGCUCAGUGUAAACCCACAUCUCUCUCUAGCCUAGCCCAGAGGUGUAUUCAUUAGUCCAAACAAAAACAAUAUUUAUUUUGGACAAAUUCAGGUAGAUUCCUCCCCGUUACGUUCAGUUUGCUCCCGUUUAAGAAACAUUUUGCAACAGAAUUGGCCUAAUGAAUAGGCCCAGUUGAGGUUAAACUUUUACAGGGGUAUUUUUUUCCAGGGGGAGGUGAAGGGGAGUUCCCAUGUUUAGUUUUGUUGCCUUUCAUGUUUCCUCUCCAAUCAGCUGUGAGGGAGUGUUUCCUUUCCUCUAUUUCACUGCAAAACAAUGAUCCUUUUGAAGGUAGCGAAAUUUGAAGACAGGCUGGCGAGACAAUCCUCAAUCCCUUCUAUGUUCUUGUUAGGGUUGGUAUCUUCUGGCAAAUUUGAAUUAUGAUUGACAGGUAAUCUAGGCCUGUCAAACACAGGGUCCUGGAAUAACAGAAAAUAAAAAGUUUUAGACAAUACAUCAUAAAUAGAAAACUAUAUAAUUGUGUGUAAUAUAUCUGUGUUCAACAGUGAACAUAUAAGUUCCUCUGUUAGACAGGGAAUUAAACAGAAGUUAGCACAGUGAUGCUAGUGGAGAACAAUAAUAUAAUAGGAACACAGUUCCUGAUCUAAUUAUUUCUACUGUUACCUGCUUCAGAUAAAGUAGUUAUUGCAUGUAAUAGCAAACACUCUGGAUCAGUGGUCUUUUGAAUCGGUUCAUAUAUACAGGAACAUUUAUAAUUUGGUGGUGUAGCACGAGAAUAAGGAUGGGGUUUGAAUAAUGUGUUUAUGGUCAAGUAGCUAUUGUAAAUAAUUGUACCCGGGACUUGAACGAUUCGUGUUGGAUUUCAUCCUUGGAAAGCCUUAUUAUCCCCUCCCAAUAGUCCUGCAAAUUGAUAAAUGUAUGUAUAAUCUA